GAACAUUAGUGCAUAAAUAAUACAGCUGGGCUAUACAGAACAUUUUCUUAGGAUAGAGACAAUCACCAGGUUGCUUUCCAUAAUGGUUUUCUCUUUUACCUCUCUACCAGCAUCUUCUUAUGAAGGGUUCGGUUCCAUUCUCACCACAUCCUUAAAGGACCUUGCGUUAUAAUCGUCUUAACAAGAUGGUUUGUGUUGUCAGGCACGUGUGAAUGUCUGCGGGCUGUAAGGGACCAGUGCGAUUGGGACAGCGUGGGGCGGCCCUUGCUCCUUCACUUUGCAGAGUGGGGUCUGAGCACUGGGGCUGCAGGAGGGACUGGUUUUAGUUUUCAGCUGCUCCGUCUCCAUGCCUGUUUUCCCGGAGUUAUCGGUUGUCCGGCCCACAGGUCUCUGGUUGGAGACUUAACUGACCACCUCCGCCCAGAUGUCCUGCAAAUUCCAACCACAGGCCCAGGAUGGGCGGCACCCUCCAGCACCCUCUCCAAGUCUUAAAGAAGCAGGGGGACCGGUGCAGGCAAAGGCUAGAUCCGCAGCAGCGGCUGGGGGCCCUGCCCUUGCGACUUCCAUUUUCCCAGCGAGCGCACGCGAAAGCGCAGGCUCACGCAGAGAAGAAUACUGGUCCGGGACCAAUCAGCCAAUCGGGGACAAGGCUAACGACAGCCACAAACAACGUCCUAAUGGGCAGCAAGCGGCGCGCAGUCCCGAGAUCUCAAGGAACCUAGCCAACCGCCGAGACGCGCGGGAGGCUAGAGAGGUCCCGGCCGGAGCGCAAUGCGCACGCGCCCACGAGGAGAGGCCCGAGCGCCUGCAAGGGGCCGACAGGAGAGCCGAGCGCACGCACACGCGCACGCGCUGAUGAAGCUGUGACGGAGGCUGUAAUGGCGCCGUCUCCGCAGGUUCGGGUCCUGCGGUGCUGCUGCUGCCGCCUCUUCCAGACGCACCAGGUGGGGCGGGCGCCGGCCUACCCCUCCUCCUGGCUCCGGGACUGGGCUUACGGUGAGGGCUCUGGUGCCGACUGUAGACGCCAUGUCCAAAAAUUAAAUCUGCUACAGGGACAGGUUUCUGAGAUGUCACUCAGGUCUCUGGAAGAACCUGUAAAUGCUAAUGAAGAGAAAGAUGCAGCAGGUCCUGGGCACACUGAGCAUGUGAGUCUGCAGGAACAACUCCAGCCCUCCGAGAACCGCUGGCUGAAGUACCUAGAAAAGUGCUCCGGAGAGCUGGAGCUAGAAGGAGCAGUGUGUUUCAACAGACGACCCUCAUCCACCACAGAGAAGCCAGACCCUCCCUUCAAUUCCAGCCUGCCUAGAAAACGGAGGUGGAGUCAGAGCACAGCACAGCCUCUGUGCAGCCCUGAUGGCCAGGACUCGGAGGACUCUGAGAUCACAUUGGAGACCCAGAAGGGUCCCACUGGCCUGGUGGGGAAGGUCAGAGAAGGCAACAGCCGUGAUAAUUGGAACACCAGGGAGCUCACUGGUCCUUGGGGGAAACCACCACAUCCCGCCCAGCAGGUCAGAGCCACAUUGUCUAAGUGGGAACGAUUUCUUCUGCCACCUGGAAACAGCUCACAUGUGGACACAGAGCCCCCGAUACCCCUGCAGAGGGGCCUCAGGCCAGCCGGGACAGUGCAGGCUGAGCAGGGCACCCCCAGGGCUCAGACCCCAAGAGAAGAGAGCCUUAGCAGGAGCCCCGGUGCACCCCAGCUCCCUCGGGCCACACAUAUUCCCACCUCUGGGCCCAAGAGACCUUUCAGGGAGACCCCUGAGCACUUGUGGGGUACAGGCUCUCGGGCAGAGGGUGGGCUCUUGGUCAGAGGGGCACAGGAGUCCCCACUCUUGCGACUCUGUGACCUCUUUAACACUGGUGAGGAUUUUGAUGACAAUCUGUGAACUGAGUCUAGAAUGCUCUUAUGUGUUUGUUACUUGAGCCCCUCUCCACUAGACUCAUCAUUGGAAACGAGGUUCCCUGAGGUGCUUUUAAAUAGGACUGAGGAGGGUUUAUGGGAACGACCAAGAACCAACAAUAAACAUGACUGUCAAAUGGGUCAUCUCAUUGUAACAUCUUCAAAUAAAGUGCUUUACCAUUUAAUUACAGACUGUUUACAAAUAUGCGAAUAAAAUGGCUAUAAAGGGCUUUUCAUACUUUCAAAGCAGGUGACACACUUGGAAAUGAGAGAACUACAGUGGUUAUGGAAAAGGCAGCGCUCAGGGAACAACACUGGCCCCAUCAGCCCUUCCCUACUCCCAGGUGUGAAGCCCAUCCUGGGCCGCCCACUCUCCAGUGCUCGCUCCAGGACCGCCUGCUUCACCCUACAGUGUUGGCUGCACUCUAGCUAAACUCGGAGUAGGUCUGGUUUCUAGCAGAAAAUCAACUACUAGUCAUUUAAAAAAAGAAAAA